GCGCAACUGACAGCAGUUGUGCCCUCCUUCAUAGCUCGUCCGUCUUCUAUCUCUGCUCCUGCUGAUGCUGCUUCGCCGUUUCGUCUCCAAUUCUGAUAUUCCCUCCGACGGCUUCCUAUUUGCUCCGCCCAAACGCAUGGAUGCAGCGAAGGGUCUUAACGCUGCCAUAGCUGGUCUCAUGACCACAUUUAGGGAGAAAGAAAAGGCUGAGAGGCUGAGGCGGUGGGAGAACAUGGAGUACCGCCACACAGAGGAUGGCGUCUUCUUCGAGGUUUUCUGCAACCCUAAUGCUCAUGCCACAGCAUUCCACGCAAAAUACUUGGUCACUAUCAACGGCGAGAAGUUGCGAAUCACCUCCGAAAGUCAACUUAGCGCUCUAAAAUCCGACUAAGACCAAUAUAUUGACCAACAAAACUAAUCACGACUCUUUGAAGUUUGUUUCGACAAUAAUGUAGAAUUUAGCCAGGGUUCCUGGUGAUAGGUAGAAUGUCAGCAAAUAAAUAUAUCGAUUCUCUGGAGCAAGACAAUUGCGACCUACUGCAGCAAUUUUUCUUUA